AAUUGUCGCAUGAAGAUCUCAGAUGGGCUUUCUUGUCCAAUGGUUUGGCCCAUUUCUCUCGUCAAAGGUCUUGGAUUAGACAUUCGCACGCUGACCUGAGCUCGUGUGUACCGCUUGGUCUCCGUUAUAAGUAGUAGGCAAGAUGCUACCAUCGACAUGUCACUAGCACUUGCUCUUGGUUCUGCAGGUCAAAGCUGUUAUCAUCUCCGUCUCUCGACCGAUCAAGUUGUACUCUAUUGCCGCCCGUCAUGUUUGGCUCUAAGAUCCUCCCUGCCAUUUUCCUGGCCAUCGUAAACGUAUCGGCCCUCGCAGUAGAGAAGGUUGCCAUAAGACAAGAUCAGACUUGCGUAGCUACGUGCGGCAAGGUUUGCUACUGGCAGGAAGAUAUCGACGAAGCCGUAAAGCAGGGAUAUUCUUUACACCAGUCCGGCCAGACUGUUGGUUCGAACGACUAUCCUCACCAGUACAAUAACCGCGAGGGUUUUGACUUCCCCGGGCAGGCCCCUUACUACGAAUUCCCUAUCCUAAGCAGCUUCGACCCUUAUGAUGGAGGCAGCCCCGGUGCGGACCGUGUCGUUUUCAAUGAGGGUGGCGACUACCAAGGCGCUAUUACGCACACCGGAGCAAGCGGUAAUAACUUCGUGGAGUGCACCUAAGUGCGCGCCGUCCAAGUUGAUGGGAGCAGGGCCCGCUUUGGUCCAAUGCUGAGUUG